AUGUACCCGUAUCCAAUACCCGCACUAGAGUCUGAGCAUCAUAGAUCCUUGAGCUUCAGCUCGUUUAUAUGCAUCAAGUGCUCUGGAGUACAUAGAAGCCUUGGAGCGCACAUAACCAAGGUUUUAUCGGUGAAGCUGGAUGAAUGGACCCAUGAGCAAGUUGAUGAGUUAAUCAAAAUGGGAGGAAAUAUUGCAGUCAACUUGAAAUAUGAAGCUUGUAUUCCAGAUAAUUAUAAGAAACCAAAACCAAAUUCCUCUAUAGAGGAGCGAGAAGAUUUCAUAAGGAGAAAAUAUGAGUUGAAACAGUUUCUGAACAAUGAUAUGCAGAUGUCAUGCCCCUUUCCUGUCCCAUCGACCUCAAAUUGUAGUGCUUUAAUCUGUUAUUCUAAAUCACCCAGUGAGAAGAAACACUGUGAGAAACAAACCACCAGUAAUCGCAUCCAGGGUAUAGGCCAUGCAUUUCGCAAAAGCUGGAGAAAAUCUGAAAGCAAGGGAACAAAGAAAAGCACCUCAAUGGCAGGUAUGGUCGAAUUUGUAGGAUUGAUCAAGGUUAACGUAGUGCGAGGGACCAACCUAGCUAUCCGAGAUAUAUUGACAAGUGACCCGUACGUCGUCCUCUCACUGGGAAAUCAAUCAAUGAAGACACGCGUCAUAAAUAGUAACCUGAAUCCAGUUUGGAAUGAAAAGCUAAUGUUGUCAAUUCCUGAAAACGUUCCACCGCUGAAGUUGCUUGUAUAUGACAAGGAUACAUUCACAACUGACGAUUUUAUGGGGGAUGCUGAGAUUGAUAUUCAGCCCCUGGUGACUGCUGCAAACGCCUUUGAGUGCUCCUCAAUCAAUGAGUCAACACAGCUCGGAAAGUGGAAGGCAAGCAAAGAAAAUGCACUCGUUCGUGAUGGUGUCAUCACCUGCGAAGAUGGUAGGGUGAAGCAGGAUAUUUGUAUCCAGUUGCAGAAUGUUGAAUGUGGAAUUGUAGAAAUCGAGCUUGAAUGUAUGCCUCUCUCACAAUAGAAUUUUAAAAGGAAUCUGUAGGAAACACAAUUAAUAAGCAUUCCAGCUCCAGAAUAUUAAUAUAGGGAGAAAAUCAUUGAGUUUGUAAUUAACUCGAAAAGUAUUGGCUUGUUUGGUAGAGUUGAUUGCAUAGUACUACGAACAAUGUCAAGAAGAAAAAGCGUCUGCUUUAUACCGAUGCUGCAUACCAAACAUCAACUAUGUAUAUUAGUGAUUUUAGCUUUUCUUCAGUAUGAGUAGAAGGGAUAGUUUCUUACGUGAAAAAAGUUUUGCAAGAAGAGAUUGGCGUUAAAGAUUAUCUGUAAAAAGUGUAUUGUCCAUUGUGUACAAGUGUAUUGUGCUUUGUCUUAAUAGAAUGAAACUAUUUCAAUGUC